AUGCUGUUAAGAAAUAUUAUUAUAUUAGUCUUCGUCAUGUUGUUUUCGAUCAACAUCAGUAAUAUCGCUGCCUAUUGGUACGACGAUGAUCAAAUUUACAUGAAUAAUGUUUCUCAAAACAACGUACGUAAAGAUUCAAAUUUCAUUCAACAACUUCAAGCAUUACUCACAGCAAUGGAAGUCGCCGAUGGCAAAAGUGAUAAAGAUGAUACUUCAUCAGUUGAUCGUGUAUUUAACACUCGAUCAACAGUGCAUCGUCGUCCAGGGCUCCUUCGAUUGAAAAAGAAGUGA